AUGAAGAGUCUCUACACCGCUCUGCCAUAUCCCUUCUCUUCGAAAGAGUUUGUGGUCAAGCUGUGGGGAUCUCCAUUCCAAUGGAAAGAAAGAAAGUUCAAGGUCUUCAUAAAGUUGGUAAACAACUGUACUGUGAUUGGUGGUGAUAUACAAAUUGGUAGGUCACUUUUUUUCAGUUUUGGUACUGGUGGUGAUAUCGGUGGUGGCUUCGAGUUCUGGAGAGGCUACUACCAAAGCCUAAGGCCAACUCAGUUUGGUCUAUCCCUCAAUAUUGAUGUCUCGGCAAAGGCUUUUUACCAGUCGACUCUGGUGACAGAGUUUGUUCAGCAACAUUUUAACUACAGAGAUAUCUCCAAGGGUCUGUCCAAUCGUGAGAUCCGGCUCCCCGGAUGGGUGCGUGGAACAUGGACAAUAAGAAAAUGGUUAAUGGUGGCACAUUGGAUUUCUGGGCGUUUGUAAAUUUCUCUGGAAUACCCGAAUAAUCUAGCGAUUGCUUUAUUAAGGCACUCGUCGCCAUGUGCAAUAGUAAC